GACCCUGGGGAUAAAAUGGGCCUGGGGAGCUGGGAGCCACUGGCCUGCGAAGUCCCAGCCCCGACUGCCCUUGCACUCUGGGCUUCAGCUGGAAAGCUGCUGGACAUGAAUGUGGGAGAGGGUUCCGGUGCCCCCAGCCCCUGGCUGGGCCCCCGCCUGCUGCUCCUGGGGCUGCUGCUCCUGCCGGCUGCGCUCUCGCUCCCCACAGCGGACCUGGAAGGAGGAGAGGAGGACCUGCGCUGCGUGUGUAUGAAGACCACCCCCCUACUCCGUCCCAAGGACGUCAGCAGCCUGGAAGUGAUCGGUGUCUCGGGCCACUGCCCCACCCCCCAGAUGAUAGCUUCGCUGAAUAAUGGGAGGAAAAUAUGCCUGGACCCGAAUGCUCGCCUGUAUAAGAAAAUAAUCAGGAAGCUUUUGAAGAGCUAGUUACUAGCUGCCUGACUCUGUACCUUUUCGACAGAGCAUGAUUUUGUUUUUGUUUUUUCAUUUGCAACCCAACUGUGGAAAAAUCUUCUGGUGCUUUUAUUAUCCUUCAAAUUCUAAAUAAAUAAAAUAAAUCGACUUGUGGUA